AGAGAUCAGAGGAUGCGGGUUUCUGCACAUAUAAAACUUAUUUUUUAUAUGGUCCAUUUAGAGAAAAGUACAGUAGGUAAAAAUGCAUCAUGAAAAUCGCAAUUAGAAGCAUCUUAUUGUCCUUCGUUUUGAAAGAUGAAUGAAGAAAUCGCCAGAGCGUUUAAAAUUUAACAGAAAAUGCACAAUUCAAGUGAUGCAUUAGAGGUCAAUUAGAAAACAUCGUCAACAAACGUGAAUCUUUAAUUCCUCUGUUUUGAUGAUUCUGUAGGGUACAAAAGACUGCAUAAACCUUUUGUCUUAAUAAGAAAGCAUUUCUUCAGACUUUCUACUUAUUGACUUCCUAUUUGCCCGCAGCAGCGGUAAUUAAAGAAGAUUCGAGAAGUUCUUAGUGUCUUUAAAUUCUUUGUAACGAAUAAAAAAACGAUUGUGGAUAUUUCAAGCUGCACGUGAUUGCGAAAAUAAUGAACUCAAGAAAUACAAUGUGAAAUGAACCAGAACUCGAACAAAUAAGAGCAUAAAAAACCGCGUCAUUUUCUUUGUUCUUAUUGAAGGAGUUUUUUUUUCUGUCUUGGAGUAGUUUCAGAUACUAAUUGCUGCUUUAAUAUGAAGUAAAAACAGUGAAAAAGAUUAAAAAUGAGUCAGCAUUAUGCUUAAGUCCUUCUUAAUAACAUGAAUCACGCGAAUUUUGCCUGCUUGUGUAAAAGAUCACAUUCUGAUUUUAUUGAGUAUAUUUUUGUUUUUUUAUUUGUUUUUAAUAGCAUAUAAUUGGAAAAUUUACUAAAACCGCUUAACAGGUCAUUUACAGAAAUUUUGUUUCCGUAACAGUAUUCGGGAAAAAUUAUCGUAUCUAUGUUUGAGAAAUGAAAUCGUAUUUAAACUGGAAUUCAAUUCUUUAACAUAAAAAAGGAAAAAGUGUAAAUCAGGACAGAAAGAAAGAAAAAAAUCGUAUAAUUUUUUUAUUUAAGCUGUAGUUAUUACUCUUAUUACUUUAAUAUAAGUACUGCAGUUUGGUGACAUGUUAUUCAAGAUGUCAAAUUUUGCUUUUAUACAAAGAAUAGUGUGGAAGUAAUUAAUAUAAGAGUAAGUUUUAGUAAACUUCAAACACACCAGGGCAUUUUUCUCGGUAUAAAGGAUGAACGCUUUGCAUAGAAACAGAGAAGAUUAUCUAGAAGCUGAGAAGUGAUUUUUUUCAAUGAGAAUAAGAUGUUCAUGAAAUACUUACGAAAAACUGGUAAAAAUAUAUUUUACUAGAGGACUACAAUUUUUGAAUUGCUAAAGAUAUUUUAAAAUAUAAUUCUUGCAUUUUCAAAACUUAAAAAAAGGACUAAUACGGCUUCAGUUCUGCUUUAACUCAAUCAUCAAAAAUGUCUCUCUUGCGAAAGAAUUACAAACAGUGUAACAACAGAGAUGACGAAGAUGAAUUAUUUGAAGUUCAUAGUGAUUUUCGCACACCAGGUCGGGAAAACGGAAAAGAAUGUUGCCGCUUCUUUACUGACCAUAUUGGCAUCAUCGCUAUUAUUUUAUUAUUGUUGAUCGCAUUAGCUGUGACUACUGUUGUAUGUGUCUUCCUGCCAGAAAUUCUGUCAAAAGAGUCUAAAAUUAAUGAAUCCACAGGCAAAGUGAAGCCCGAAGUGCAAACCAAAUGUGGUACCUUCAUUGGAACUGAAGAAGGAGGAGCUUUUGUUUUCAAGGGAAUUCCGUAUGCUCAACCACCAGUGGGUCCUCUAAGAUGGAAGAAGCCGCUUCCUCUAUGGACAAAUGCAUCAUGGUGUAUACAGCAAAAUACAUUUAAAGUAUUAAAUUACGGGUCUCCCUGCUUCCAACUCAAUCCUUUCCGUAAACAGUACGAUGGUCAAGAAGACUGCCUGUACCUUAAUGUUUGGACCCCUACUCUGGACACUAGGGCUGGAUUAGAAGUAAUGGUAUGGAUCCACGGUGGCUUUCUACAAUUUGGAAGUGGUCACCAAAGAGGUUUAAGUCCAAACGGUCAUUUAGCUUAUCGCCUGAAUACAGUAUUUGUCUCCUUCAACUUCAGGCUUCAUGUUCUGGGGUAUUUGGCUCUAGAUACACUACUGAGCAAUUUUCUUGAAGACAGCAGGGGUAACUACGGUACUUGGGAUCAGCUUGUCGCUAUGGAAUGGAUAAGAAACAAUAUACAUUAUUUUGGAGGAGAUCCAACGAAAGUCACAGUGUUUGGACCGGACGGAGGUGCUGCAUCUAUACUGACUAUGAUGACUUCUUCCCACUUUCAAAACACAUUUCGCAGCGCUUGGCUUCUGGGCCCCGCCUUGGUGUUUAAUCGCACUUUUACGGAUUCAUCUCAUCACAAUCGUGCACAUUUUCUGGAGAAAACUGGUUGUGCAAUGGACACGCAGUGUCUUCGCAAAAUGACACCGAAGGAAGUGACUGGAGCUUACAUUUGGAAUGAUGACCCAUCCUUCCGGAUAAGAGAUCAAAAUGAUCUGCCAAUUCAAGGAAUCUUACCUGAACAGCUCAUCGUUGUAGAUGGCGAUCUGUUAUCUACAUCACCAGCAGAGGCUGCUCUUCAUCGAAGCAUUAGAGAUAUACCUUUACUGAUCGGUACAUCAGCUCAAGCUGUUGAUUUUUGGCCUGGCCCAGAAGAUCUCCAUUCUUGGACGUGGAGCCAGUAUCGGAAGUAUGUUACGACUAGUGUGGACAGUUUCGACCCUCGUGUCAGUCAACAAACUUUGCAGUUAUACAACACAACGCAACUAUUCGAUGAUAAUCUUUCUCCUGAAUUACUCUACACUACAAUGGUGAGUGACAUACGCCAAACGUGUCCUGUGAAUGAUUUUGCAGAAAAGUUGUCCACAGCUCUAAGUUCUCCGGUCUACAGAUAUGUAGUCACUUCAAGGCCUUCAUCACCG